AUUAUAUCUGUUGUAGUGACUGUAUAUCUUCAUGCACGGGUCCUUAAAUGCUUAAACCGGCGCGUUAUACUGAACUGAAGUCCGUGAUUUAGCGCCAAGUGAAAUCACCUCCUCCCUGACGUUGAUGCUUCGGGUCAUCUGUUUCCUACAAGGCGCCCGCUCAGAGGAACUAGCUCCCCGGCCUCACCGCACACACAGAGCGACUCAUCCAGCCCGAACCACCGCUGCUAAAGUUUGCAGACAACGACGACACGCAUAUUUACUUUGCCAUCGUGGAGAACAAGAGUGAACUUCAAGAACAGAAGCUUGAGGUUUACUCCAACACAGACGGACAAGCUCGUGUAUAAUGCUAGGAAAUCGGGAAGAGACAGAACCGAAAUCUGUUCCUCCCGAGGUGUCCAAAGAAGCAACAGUGCGAACGCGAAAGAGGAAGGCAGAUGUUGCCAUUUUUUUACAUGACAUUGAUGAUGAGGUAGCAGAGAUGACAAAGAAGAAGUACCGUGACUGUGAGAGUUGGAGCCCUGAUGCUGGCUACACCAGUCCCCAGCGGUGGAUCCCCACACCUGACCAUGAGGACGGUCAGCCAGUCAGCCUGAUAAAUGCGGGUUUCCCCCACUACAGCUUUAACAACAUACUGGCAACCCCAGUGCAUUGUGCCCCGCUCCCUGCUUUGUGUUGGGCGAGUAAAGAUGUGGUUUGGAGCAACAUGCUGGCCAAGGACAAGACCUACACAAGAGAUGUCAAAGUGAUGGACAAACACCCACACCUGCAACCCAAGAUGAGGGCCAUUCUAUUAGACUGGCUCAUGGAGGUGAGUGAAGUAUACAAACUCCACCGGGAGACGUAUCAUCUGGCUCAGGACUACUUUGACCGUUUCAUGGCCACACAGAGAAAUGUCUUUAAAUCAACGCUACAGCUCAUAGGCAUAUCCUGCCUGUUUAUUGCAGCUAAAGUCGAGGAAAUGUACCCUCCCAAACUGCACCAGUUUGCUUAUGUCACAGAUGAAGCCUGCACAGAGGAUGAGAUUCUCAGUAUGGAAAUAAUCAUUAUGAAGGAGCUGAACUGGAGCCUCAGCCCUCAGACGCCCAUCUCCUGGCUCAAUGUUUACAUGCAGGUGGCCUUCCUCAAGGAGACCGACGAGCUGCUCAUCCCCAGAUACCCCCAAGCUACCUUCACACAGAUUGCUGAGCUGUUGGAUUUGUGCAUGCUAGAUGUCCGUUGUCUGGAGUUUUCCAAUGGAGUCCUAGCUGCCUCAGCUCUGUUUCACUUCUCCUCUCUUGAACUAGUGGAAAAUGUCUCAGCUUUGAAAGGAUCUGAGGUUGAAGAGUGCGUGCGGUGGAUGGUGCCUUUUGCCAUGGCGCUCAGGGAAAACGGUGGCAGACCAAUGAAAACGUUCGCAGGCAUUUCAGCUGAUGACAUGCACAACAUCCAGACACACACUGCCUACCUGACAUGGCUGGACAAAGCUUACUCAUACCAGGACACAGAGCUGCAGCAUCAUGGGAGCUGUUCUGUGCCUUCUGGGGUACUGACUCCACCUAUGAGCAGUGAGAAGAGUGAGGAUCAGAGCCGAGUAGAGCCUGCCGUGCUCAAAGUCAUACCCAGAAUGCACACAGUGUCCCCACACCGUCAACACGUCUGACAGGCAAAGAACUGAACUAUGAGCAGCGAGGAGCAAAAACUUCUGUCACUGCUGUUAGACCCAGAACUCAUCAGGACCGAGCAGAGUUUUAUUUUUUUAAGUUCCGAUUUUUCAGGACCAGUCUAUUGCUGGGAGGAGCUGGUGCAGACAUGCAUAACCCUGUAGUUCACAUUCAAGAGGAACUGUUUGCUUCGGCGUGGGUGACAAAUGGUGGAUUUUUCCUUUUUUUUUUAUCAGCAAUGCACACAAAAUGCUUUCCAACCAACCACAUCGCCUGAAGUGGUUGUGUGCUUUUAUUUCCUCUGCAGAAGCCAAAUGGAAAGGACAUUUUAUGGACUCUUUUAUGAACUUGGAUGUUUGUGAUUAAAUGAAUGGUGUUUUACUUUCCUUAGCUCAAACGGCCCAUCGACUAUUCUAGAGCCACACUUGGCUCUAUUUGCUGCUAUAAAAGUGGGCUUUGCUAAUGGAGGAGUGGUGAAUGGCUGCAUGUGUGUGAAUAUGAAAUAAUCUUUUUUUUUUUUUUUUUUUUUAGGAAAUUACUUUUGUCAAUUUUUAGACAAAACAUGGCCAUGCUUUGCUUGGGGAUUAGUAGCUUGGCUACUUGACUUAAACAAGUAAACUAGCCAGGCUUAAGAAGCUACAAUGAUUGUAUUUAACUUUAUUUUUUAUCACAACCCACAGUUUUUCUUCACUUCCAAAAUGUAAAUUUUUAUUUGACAUUAUAUAAUAAAAUUUUGCUGCUACAUAUUUUCAAUAAAAUUGUUUGCAGACUUGUCAA